AGAGAGUGUCCCGGAAUCCGUCUCGGAGCCGGAACCGGAGCCGGUUAUCCCCUCCCCCCUCCCUAGCAUUCCGGACGAGUCGUUGCCUAAGACGCCGACGCCUGUGUUUAGUCCUGUUCCUGUGCCCGUGUCUGAACCGGAGCCGGAGCCGAUCUCGAGAGAGCGGACGUCGACUCCUUCGUCACCUUGGUCUAUCACCCAGGAGUAUGAGCCCUCCUCGCCUAGGUCUUUCAGUCAGCCUUAUGAGCCUACGACGCCUAGGUCUGUUAGCCAGCUUUAUGAGCCUACGACGCCUAGAUCGGUCGUCCAGGAAUUCGAGCCCACGACGCCGAGGUCGUACAGCUUGGAAUAUGAGCCUACGACACCCAGGUCUUAUAGUUUGGAAUACGAGCCCACGAUACCCAGGUCUUAUAGUCUGGAAUUCGAGCCCACGACACCCAGGUCUUAUAGUCCGGAAUACGAGCCUACGACGCCAAGAUCAGUCAGUUGGGAGUAUGAACCAACGACACCCUGGUCCAUCAGCCAGGAAUACGAGCCCACAACGCCCAGAUCUAUCCCUCAGCCGUCGGAUCACCCACCUACGCCUAUGGAUAGUCCACAGUCGAUCACUCAGCUCGAAGAGCUCACUCCGCCUGCCCUACCGGCCCGAACGUUAUACACCAGCUCGACGGGCACGCUGCCAUAUCCUGAGACGAUCAUAAGCCAGCCCAGGAGCCAGUCGAUCUCGUUCACGGAAGAGGCGACCGAGGAUGAGCUCACUCCUGAUAUCUCUGCGACGGACAUGUCGUAUGAGUCGACUUUUAUGUAUCCUACGGAACUGAGUCAGUCUCCGGCUCUGCCGCAAAAUGACGUGUCUUUUGACACUUCAUUCUUGCGACCUUCGACACCCGGUGAACCAGGGGAACCAGGGUAUGAAGUCAUUCGGGUCCUACCACCGUUACCGUUGGAGGAGCUCCCGCCUGUGUCGCUUCCUCCUGCAUCGCCUCCGUCUGUGUUAUUGCCGCCCCCAUCUCCAUCACCACCACCGCCGCCGCCAGGACCAAUUUAUGUCGACGAGAAUACUCAAGUUACUCCACCGCAGUCCGUACCAUCUGAGCCUGCUUCGCUUCCUCCAUCACCAUCAUUAUCACCAUCACUACCACCAUCACCACCACCUCCUUCUCCGCCGCCUUCCCUGCCAGGAGAGGUAGAGCCAAGCGACGUGCCCACACCCUCCACCUACCCGCCUUCGAUUCACUCUAUCAUUACAGUGCCCUCGGAGUUUGACGAUUAUGGUGGCGAACCGCCGAUGCCGAGUCAUAUCGUCACACAUGAUGUGAACAGACUCCUAGAAUAUCUGCACGGUGUUAACCAGGCUAGGGAGCAGGACACGCAAGAGCUGCUUGAUCAUAUCAAUCGGAUCGAGGAUGGGAUCGAGGACGUCACUAACAUGCUUCGGCGCAAGCCUACCCCUCCCAGGCCCGAUCGCUCUCAGCCGCCGUCUCCCAGUCGGAGUCCACGCUAUUAUUCCGAGACCCGCCCACCCCCGAAUUCUGAAGUGACCGACCAUAUCGAGGUGCCAGAACACAUAACAGAAGUGGGGCCGUUGCACCGCCAGGAGUCAGUUCGUUCUGUGGACUCUUCGAUCUCGUGGCUGUCGUCUCACUACUCCGACGUGAUCAGCGAACCUGAAGACGUUAUCCGAGAGCCAUCGCCUGCGGCCCUCUCUGAUGUUACCAUUCGUCCACCUCGCCGCUCGCAGAUUCAUAUUCCUCAAAUGCCCGAGAUGCCCCAAAUGCCCAAGAUGCCCCAAAUGCCCGAGAUGCCUAAAAUGCCCGAGACGCCCAAUCUCGACUAUGUGCGAGAAAUGCUCCAACAGGUUCUCGAUCAGAACCAUCGGCUUAUGGACAGUCAGCGAGUUCUUGAAGACCAGAUGGACAGAUGCAUGGAGCUUCAACAGCCAGCCCCGGACCAAGAAGAGCUCGAGCGUAGACGGACGUCCACUCUAGGCAGGAUUGAGGACGUUUUGCGCAAUAUUCUGUUGCGCGUUAGUGGGGAUUCGGACAUCGUGACCGAGCCUCCUUCCCAAUCAGAGACGGAAGAGAUAGAGGAAGAGGAAGAGCCCAUACACCUACCGGCGCCAAGGGCGAGGCCCCCUGUGGACUUUUCUUCUCUGGAAGGCUCAGUAUAUGCGCCUACCGAAACUGAGUUCGAGGUGCCGAGACCUCCGCCACCCAGUAUGCAAGCACCUGAAGUGGAGAUCGAAGUGCCCAGGAUUGUUCGUCGGCCACGUCCAACCCGACCUCGAAGUGCAAGUCCGGUCUUGACAUUGCGUGUGAGUGAACAGCAGCCGCAGGCCUUCGAACCGUGGUACACGUCUCCACCAAUGUCGGAAGUAUCGGAAUUCCGGCCAGGACGAGCGGGCCAGCGACCUCCAAGAGGUUAUCCAUAUGAUCUCGACUUCGAAGAUCUCGUUCGUCGACGCCGUCGCAUGAAACCUGGAGCUCGCGACGAUGGCUUCUACGAGCCACCUCAAGUCCCGCUCCCUCCUCUUCCUCCUCAACCUCCCUUUGACCCUCCAGUGGUUGGAAUUCCGCCUCGUCCCCCGUCCGCACCACCUGCCAUCAGUGGUGGACGUCCGCCUGUGUCUGAGACGUGGUACACGUCUCCCAGACGCCCAGAAGGCGUAGCUGCUAGACCGGGCGGUCCUCUGCCUGGACAUGGCGGACAAGGUGUCCCAUUGAUUCCUAUGGGACCCGCUCCAACCGGUAUACCGGCCAUGGGGCCUCAGGUAGUCCCUGUAGCGGGAAUGGGUGCAGCCCCUGGUGCCUUAGAAGACCUGAGGGACAUGAUUCGGGAGGGGAACCGGUAUGCUCGCGAAGGCUUGGAGCAGGGCAAUGAAGUUAUGCGGUACUUGACCGCACUCAACGACUGGAUGCGGCGAGAUGUUGCGGAUCGCCACAAUGAGGCUCGUGGAAUCAACGACCGUCUAGAUGAAUUACUCAACACAUUGGGUAUUGGCCGUCCUGGUAUGUUCCCUGGGGGUCCCCAAAUUCACCCAAUGAUGCCGGGAAUGGGAGGGUACCCGCCUGAGAUGGUGAUCCCAGGCUUACCUAUACAACCAAUGCCAACGGGCAUCCCUGGGCCGAUCCCAAACAUCGGCAUACCAGGUAUGCAGCCAGGCAUGGGCAUACCAGGCAUGCAACCAGGUAUGGGCAUACCAGGUAUGCAACCAGGUAUGGGCAUACCAGGCAUGCAGCCAGGCAUGGGACCCAUUCCCCUUGGAAUAAUUCCUGGGGUUCCC